AUGGCCUCGGGAACAAGCUCCAGGAAGCGACCGCUUGAGGAGGAUACCGACCUUCGCGAGAUGGUGGUCAGUCAAAUCGAGGCUGCCUUGUCUGAGUCGCGGCCUAGCAACAAGUACAUCAUCGUCUCGCAUCCCUCCAUGAAUCAUAUCAAGGAAGCGCUCAUCAAGCUGGCGCCGCAGUCUUACUCUGAGGUGAAAGUCGACUGGCGUGAGUUCGAGUCUGGCAUGCCCAACAUCUUCAUCGAGGAGGUUCACAGACUGCUGCCUGCCCACGUGCUGCUCCUCCUGAACAUGCGACGCAAAGAGAUCCUCUUGGACCAGCUCUCGCUGCUCUAUGCCAUUCCAAGAUAUGGCUGCAGGUCCCUGACGGUGCUGUUGCCUUUCUUCCCCACGGGGACCAUGGAGCGCGUAGAUCGAGAAGGGGAGGUGGCCACUGCCUCCACACUUUCUCGGAUGAUCUCAGCUGUUCCCAUGACUCCCGGCGGACCUGCUCGCUUCUUGAUCUUCGACAUUCACGCCCUGCAAAUCAGGUUUUACUUUCAAGACAGCAUCCUUCCAGUUCUGCUUUCCGCGAUGCCUUUGCUGCUGAACCUGCUGAAGACACGAUUCAGCACCGAGGCUGUUGCGGUGGCCUUCCCAGACGAGGGAGCCAAAAAGCGCUUCGGCGGAUUCUUUGAAAAGGCUGGCUAUCCUGUCCUCUUCUGCAGCAAAGUUCGCGAAGGAGAGAAGAGAGUAGUCCGGGUUGCAGAAGGCGAUCCUGAAGGAAAGCACGUCUUUAUCGUAGACGACCUCUGCAACACAGGCGGCACAGUCCUGGCUUGCAGGGAAGAGCUUGCGAAGCGGGGAGCGAAGAAGGUCUCGGUCUUCGUUACUCACGGUGUCUUCCCUCUUGGGUCAUGGAAAAAGUUCGAGGGUGCUGGCUUCGAGAAAAUCUUCAUUACCGACAGUGUACCCGAGACGUGCGAGAUCUUCCGUGAGCACCAGGCGGCACGUGGAGCAUCAUCAACCUUCGAGAUCAUUGGCCUGGCUCCAGCUCUGCACGAGUACUUGCAAGGGCAGGUGGACUACGCUGCGAGAGAGGCCUGGCGAAAGUGA